AUGUUUUCAUUGGUGGUGCUUGGCAUUCUUGCCAAGGCUUCAACAGUUACUGCAUCGCCAACUCAACAUGAAGACCCUUCCGUAUAUGUGAACCCUUUUAUCGGCACUGCUGGGCCUGAUGGCACCGGUGCAAACUCUGGAGACACAUUUCCUGGUGUUUCUGUGCCUUUCGGGGUUGUGAAACUCGGCCCGGAUACUACGGAGAUGAAUCCCAGCACAAACGCAUUUGCUGGAUACACACCGGAUGGAAAUGUCACUGGAUUCACUUGCUUCCACGAAUGUGGCAUAGGAGGAGCCUCAAAGUACGGUGUGGUCGGACAUAUGCCACUUACAACUCUGUCAGGUGUCAAUGUUCUCGAUAAUGCAACUUACCAGCAGCCUCGUGUUACAAUGGAUAGGGCAUCCGUUGGCUACUACCGCUCUGACCUAGCAAAUGGUGUCAAAGUAGAGCUUGCCGCAUCCGACCAUGCUGGGUUUAUUCAGUAUACGUAUCCGAAAAACACUGAGCGUAUUGUCCUCUUUGAUGUGUCGCAUAACUUGCCCUCUUUGGCUGAGUUUAUAAAAUCUCAAUCAUAUAGUAACGGUCAAAUUGAGGUCAAAAAGAACGGCAAAAGAGUGCAGGGCUGGGGAGUUUGGAGGGGCGGCUGGGGGGGCACGGGAAUCAAUUGGGGAAUUUAUUUUUGCAACGACUUUGAUUCCACUCCUUCAACCUGGCAAUACUUUUCUGGACCGUGGAAUGCUCCAGACAACCCUCCAAGUCCUUCCACGCCAGUGACCUGGGGUAACGCAGUUGGCGCUCUAUUUAGCUUUCCGCAUAAAAAAACGGUUGUCAAGUCCAAGGUUGGGGUGUCAUUCAUCUCCGUCGAGAAGGCUUGUGCGUUUCAGAGCGAAAUUCCAUCUUGGACACUAAAUCAGACUGUCCAAUCGACUAAAAAGCUAUGGAACGAUGAAGUUUUUAGCAAGAUAUCGGUCAAAGAAUCCACCAAGAACGAUACACGGCUCACACUCUUCUACUCUGCCCUCUAUCGCAUGCAUCAAAUGCCUUCCGAUAGAACCGGAGAAAAUCCGGAUUGGCCCCAGCGUGGCAUUGACAUGAUACGCUCCCUCAUUGACAUAUGGAGGCAUGUUGGUUUCAUGCCGGACGGCCGCAGUGGCAAUCAUAAUGGCAAAGUACAAGGCGGCAGCAAUGCUGAUAAUGUGCUGGCCGAUGCCUAUGUCAAGGGAUACACCGACGGUAUCAACUGGAAAGAUGGCUACAAAGCAGUAUGGACUGAUGCAGAAGUUGUUCCACCUCCCAACAACGACCCAGAAGACGCGAGCUGUUAUGUGUCAACAACAUUUUCGUCAAGCAUCAGUCGUACCGUUGAAUAUUCUCUGAAUGACUUUGCAGUAAGUCAAAUUGCGAAGGGUAUAGCACCGCAUGAUUACCAAAAAUAUUUGAAACGAUCAGGGAAUUGGAAAAACCUUUGGAACGCGGACAUAAAUCAGUAUAACACAUCGGGAUUUCUCGGUCCUCGCUAUCCAAAUGGAACGGUGAUAACUAUCGCCCCACAAGACACAUCCUACACGACCGAAGGACUACCAUGGGAAUACACAUGGACUAUACCAUUUGAUAUGCAAGGGCUUAUCGACAAAAUGGGUGGUCCCGAUGCAACUGAGAAACGGCUUGACCUGAUGUUUGUGCCUAAUCUCCGAACGGUGGAUUUAGGUGUAGGAGUUGGAUCAGGAACAACCCUCUUCAAUCCCGGCAACGAACCUAGUUUCGGCACUCCGUUUUUGUAUAACUAUUUGCCAGGCCGCCAAUACAAAGCCGUGAAUCAGUCCCGCGUGAACAUUGAUGAAAAUUACUUCGCUGGAUCCAACGGUCUUCCUGGAAACAGCGAUGCUGGCGCUAUGGACAGCUGGAUGCUUUGGCAGAUGCUGGGUCUGUAUCCAGUGGUGACCCAGCCAGUCUACUUGAUCCUGGCGCCAUGGUUUGAGGAUAUUUCUGUCUCGGUCGGUGGUUCCUAUACCCUUCGAAUUAAAGCAAAGGGGCUGUCCAACAACAGCUUCUUUGUUCAGAGCCUCAAAGUCAAUGGUAAAGCUUGGAACAAGAGCUGGCUGGAGCAUAGUGACAUUGCAAAGGGUGGACUGUUGGAGUUUGUCUUGGGCCCUGAGCCAAAGUCAUGGGAUACUGGAGCCGUCCCUCCAAGUCCAGGGCAUCAGUAG